AUAGAGUCCAAAUUACAUGAUGUGAUCGGAGAUAUACACGAUGUGGAGGGUUGGGCCGCAUGGGCUAUUUGGGCUCAAUUGGAUAUACAUUCAAAUGGGACACUCAAUGAUUCACAACAGGCCUACUCGAGUGGACUCAUUGAGGGCUAUUUGACUGCCGAUCUGAUUAAGAAUCAAUGGAAUAAUAAUAUACAACACUUUUGCGAUAACUCAACCGAAUUCUGUAAUAAAUUAUUUGCAUUCAUAGAUAAAAACAUUGAAUUCAUGAAAUCACAAAUUCAAAAAUACGCCAAAACUGAUGAAUAUUGGCAUCAAAUAGAGCUGUCAUUCAUUCAAUUGGCGGGUAUUGAAGACGGAUAUAAGUCAGUUGUCGAUCACAUAAACCCAUUGGGCCCUCGCAUUGGUCUGAACUCCAGUGGACUCCUUUUCCUUAACCUAGUCUCAGAAUUGGGCGAAUUUGAAUAUGCAUUGAAUCGGUCGCAAAAGACUAUAGAUUUAUCUGACGGCCAUUGCUCUGCUAUUAUAAGAGUUCUCGAAGAUGGAAGUGAUUUGUUUGUAUCUCACAACACAUGGACCGGCUAUUCAACAAUGUUGAGGAUUCUUAAGAGAUAUAAUUUUAAUUAUAAGAAUAUUGCCGGAAAAUCGAUAUCGUUUUCAUCAUAUCCGGGAAUUAUAUUCUCAAUCGAUGACUAUUACCUCAUAUCCAGUGGACUGGCGUGGCCGAUAAUAUUGUAUUUGAAUUCAUCCGAAACACUGUCGCCAACCGAAUGGCACGAACCGGAAGGGAGUGGUCGGAGAUUUUCUCGCUAUAUAAUAGCGGCACUUAUAAUAACCAAUUCAAACGGAUAUAAAUCAGUUGUCGAUCACAUUAACCCAUUGGGUCCUCGCAUUGAUCUGAACUCCAGUGGACUCCUACUUCUCAACUUAUUUGAAGAAUUUGGUGAAUUAGAGCAGGUGUUGAAUCGGUCACAAAAGACUUUGGAUUUGUCUGACGGCCGGUGCUCUGCAAUCGUUAAAAUACUCGACGAUGGGAGCGAUCUGUUUGUAUCUCACAAUAGUUGGGCCGGUUAUUCAACAAUGUUAAGGAUUCUCAAGAGAUAUAACUUAAAUUAUAAAAAUAUUGCCGGACAAUCGGUUUCAUUUUCCUCAUAUCCUGGGAUUAUAUUCUCAAUCGAUGACUAUUAUCUCAUUUCCAGCGGACUUAUGGUACUCGAAACGUCUAUUGGGAACUAUAACAACAGUUUGUGGUCUAAUAUAGUGGCCGAUAAAGUUGUGUUUGAAUUCAUCCGAAACACUAUCGCUAAUCGUAUGGCCCUAACGGGUAGGGAUUGGGCUCAAUUGGAUAUACAUUCAAAUGGGACACUCAAUGAUUCACAACAGGCUUACUCGAGUGGACUCAUUGAGGGCUAUUUGACUGCCGAUCUCAUUAAGAAUCACUGGAAUAAUAAUAUACAACACUUUUGCGAUAACUCAACCGAAUUCUGUAAUAAAUUAUUUGCAUUCAUAGAUAAAAACAUUGAAUUCAUGAAAUCACAAAUUCAAAAAUACGCCAAAACUGAUGAAUAUUGGCAUCAAAUAGAGCUGUCAUUCAUUCAAGUGUCGGGUAUUGAAGACGGAUAUAAGUCAGUUGUCGAUCACAUUAACCCAUUGGGCCCUCGCAUUGGUCUGAACGCAAGUGGACUCCUUUUGCUUAACCUAAUCUCAGAAUUGGGUGAAUUUGAAUAUGCAUUGAAUCGGUCGCAAAAGACUAUAGAUUUAUCUGACGGCCAUUGCUCUGCUAUUAUAAGAGUUCUCGAAGAUGGAAGUGAUUUGUUUGUGUCUCACAACACAUGGACCAGCUAUUCAACAAUGUUGAGGAUUCUUAAGAGAUAUAAUUUUAAUUAUAAGAAUAUUACCGGAAAAUCGGUAUCGUUUUCCUCAUAUCCGGGAAUUAUAUUCUCAAUCGAUGACUAUUACCUCAUAUCCAGUGGACUGGCGGUUCAGGAGACAACUAUUGGGAACUAUAACAACAGUUUGUGGUCUAACAUAGUGGCCGAUAAUAUUGUAUUUGAAUUCAUCCGAAACACUGUCGCCAACCGAAUGGCACGAACCGGAAGGGAGUGGUCGGAGAUUUUCUCGCUAUAUAAUAGCGGCACUUAUAAUAACCAAUUCAUGAUCGUUGACUACAAGAAGUUCCAAAGGGGUACUAAACCAUCGGAUUUACCAAAUGACGUGCUAUGGGUAUUGGAGCAAUUACCCGGAUAUGUAUACUAUGAUGAUGUAACUCACGUAUUAAGGGAACAGCAUUAUUGGCCCUCUUAUAACGUACCCUAUUUUAAAUCUGUUUACGAUUUAAGUGAUCAGAAUUCACAAUAUAUCAAAUAUGGAGACUUUUUCAGUUACGACAAGACGGCCCGUGCUCUCAUAUUUAAACGCGACUACAAAAAAGUAGUGGACUUCACAACACUUUACGAUUUUAUGCGAUAUAAUGACUUCAAGAAUGACCCCCUUUCCCGAUGCAAUUGCACCCCUCCUUAUACGGCUGAGUACGCCAUAGCAGCGCGUUGUGACCUAAACGACCCGAACGGUCGCUACCCCUUCAGUACUCUUGGGUUCCGAUCCCACGGAGCGACUGAUGUGAAGAUGACAAACAGUGAACUCUUUUCACGAUUGGAAAUGAUUGCAAACAGUGGUCCCUCUUAUGAAGGGCAGCCACCCUUCCAAUGGUCGACCACUAAGAUAGCGUUCUCCAUAGCGGACAACCAGAUGUAUUCAAAUUCCCACCCGUUCACUUGGGCUCAAUUGGACAUACAUUCAAACGGGACACUCAAUGAUUCAAUACAGGCUUACUCUAGUGGUCUGAUUGAGGGCUAUUUGACGGCCGAUCUGAUUAAGAAUCACUGGAAUAAUAAUAUACAACAUUAUUGCGAUAACUCAACCGAAUUCUGUAAUAAAUUAUUUGCAUUCAUAGACACAAACAUUGAAUUCAUGAAAUCACAAAUUCAAAAAUACGCCAAAACUGAUGAAUAUUGGCAUCAAAUAGAGCUGUCAUUCAUACAAUUGGCGGGUAUUGAAGACGGAUAUAAAUCAGUUGUCGAUCACAUUAACCCAUUGGGUCCUCGCAUUGAUCUGAACUCCAGUGGACUCCUACUUCUCAACUUAUUUGAAGAAUUUGGUGAAUUAGAGCAGGUGUUGAAUCGGUCACAAAAGACUUUGGAUUUGUCUGACGGCCGGUGCUCUGCAAUCGUUAAAAUACUCGACGAUGGGAGCGACCUGUUUGUAUCUCACAAUAGUUGGGCCGGUUAUUCAACAAUGUUAAGGAUUCUCAAGAGAUAUAACUUAAAUUAUAAAAAUAUUGCCGGAAAAUCGGUUUCAUUUUCCUCAUAUCCGGGAAUUAUAUUCUCAAUCGAUGACUAUUACCUCAUUUCCAGCGGACUUAUGGUACUCGAAACGUCUAUUGGGAACUAUAACAACAGUUUGUGGUCUAAUAUAGUGGCCGAUAAAGUUGUGUUUGAAUUCAUCCGAAACACUAUCGCUAAUCGUAUGGCCCUAACGGGUAGGGAGUGGUCGAAGAUUUUCUCGCAACACAAUAGUGGCACUUAUAAUAACCAAUUCAUGAUCAUUGACUACAAGAAGUUUCAAAGGGGUACUAAACCAUCUGAUUUACCAAAUGAUGUGCUUUGGGUGUUGGAACAGUUACCCGGAUAUGUCGAGUCGGCUGAUGUAACUCACGUAUUAAGGGAACAACAUUAUUGGCCCUCUUAUAACGUACCCUAUUUUAAAUCUGUUUACGAUUUAAGUGAUCAGAAUUCACAAUAUAUCAAAUAUGGAGACUUUUUCAGUUACAAUGUAACUCACGUAUUAAGGGAACAGCAUUAUUGGCCCUCUUAUAACGUACCCUAUUUUAAAUCUGUUUACGAUUUAAGUGAUCAGAAUUCACAAUAUAUCAAAUAUGGAGACUUUUUCAGUUACGAUAAGACGGCCCGUGCUCUCAUCUUUAAACGCGACUACAAAAAAGUAGUGGACUUCACAACUCUGUACGAUCUUAUGAGAUAUAAUGACUUCAAGAAUGACCCCCUUUCCCGAUGCAAUUGCACCCCUCCUUAUACGGCUGAGUACGCCAUAGCAGCGCGUUGUGACCUAAACGACCCGAACGGUCGCUACCCCUUCAGUAGUCUUGGCUUUCGAUCUCACGGUGCGAUUGACGUAAAGAUGACAAACAGUGAUCUCUUUUCACGACAGGAAAUGAUUGCAAACAGUGGUCCCUCUUAUGAAGAACAGCCACCCUUCCAGUGGUCGACCACUAAGAUAGUAGGCGUUCUCCAUAGUGGACAACCAGAUGUGUUCAAAUUCCCACCCGUUCACGUCAAAUGGACACCAUCUGACUUACACCCAAUUGGCCUUGAUAUU